AUGGCUGAAGGAUUACAAGGGAUAAACUUCUCCAGAAGAGUUCAGGAGGAACUAUCCAAACCAUGGCGGCGUACAGUGGUUGUGAAACUUUUGGGCAGACCUAUUGGCUUCAGGAAUUUCUGUAAUAGACUUGAAAAUAUGUGGAAUUUUACGCAGGGGUUUGAUGUGAUUGAUGUGGAGAAUGAUUUCUUCUUAGUAAAAUUAAAAAGUGACUGUGAUGUUGAAGCAGUUUUAACUUGGGGUCCUUGGGUAAUGCUCGGACACUACCUUUCCGUUCAAUCUUGGAAGGAGGAUUUCAAUUGUUCGAUGGGGUGUGUUCAAUCUAUUCAGGCAUGGAUUAGAUUACCUGGUAUGCCCAUUCAUUACUACAACAAGAAGGUGCUAAGGUUCAUUGGCCAGAUGGUCGGAAAGGUGGUGAAGAUCGAUUAUUGUACGGAGAUAGCAGAGAGGGGGAAGUUUGCUAGAAUUGCUGUUGAGGUUGAUUUAACAAAACCUCUCGUCGCUCAAUUCCUGAUUGAUGUCAGAGUUCAAAAGGUGGAGUAUGAAUGCAUGCCAAGGAUUUGUUUCAAUUGUGGAAAAUUCGGGCAUGUUAAAGAUAAUUGCCCAGAGAUUGUUCGCAUUGAUCCCAAAGUGGUGGAAGCCUAUGCCCGAGCUAGGGACGAGAAAGCCAGAAUGGUGGUGACCGGAGAUACAUCAAUGGCCGGGACGGGGGUGGACGGAGAAACCGCAGAGGUUAACGUUCAAAUGGAGAAAGAAAAAAUUUCAAAAUACGGUCCUUGGAUGAUAGUUGGUAGGAGAGGUAAAACCAUUCCCACGCAGAAUAGGGGUAGAGGCAAUCAAGGCCAUGGUUUGAAAAAGGAUACGAAUUUUACGGGAUCUAGAUUCCAUAUUUUGGAAGAUAAUGAUAGAGGAAAUACGGUUGAAGUUGGUAAGAACCCUGAUAUUAGGGAAUCUGUUAAAGGCAAUGAUCAAGAGAAUGCUAACCCUAAUAUUCCGAGGGAGAGAGUGAGCAAACAUGCAAAGAAAGACUAUAGUGCCCCCGACAACUCUAAAGCCCAUGAAACUCAUGCUAGACAAGAUAUCUGGCCCAAGAACAAUUCUAAAACUGAUGCAAACCGAUUUAUCGUUACCAAAAACAACAACCUCCUUUAA